AUGUCCAUCUCAUCCAACUUGCUCAACAAGUUUCUGUUCGUCCACGCCAUCGUCCUCCUUCUGUCGGCAACCAUUCACGCUUCAUACCAAGUCACUUUCCCACCCGUAGGACAGAUCUUGUUCCUGGGCCAAUCAUACAACGUCACAUGGGAGAACCAGGAUGAUUCCAUCCCCAUAGAGCCUAUGGUCGAUGUCUUGCUAUCACAUGGAGAACCUGGAAAUCUCACGAUAGACUAUCCCAUCUGCGCAAACAUACCUAGUUCAGACCAAUUGUGUGUGUACACUCCAGCGGCAACCGAUCCAAGCAGACAAGACUAUGUCUUUAUUGUCGGCAAAUCUCAACCGAAUUACGGAUACAGCAACUAUUUCGUUCUGAAUUCCACUGGUCCGGUUCCUGAUAGCAGCGGCUGUCCAGCAAUGGGUGGUCACAACUGCACCGAGAGCCUGCCGUGUUGUAGCUCUAGCGGAUUCUGCGGAUCGAGUGCGGAUCAUUGCGGAGUCGGAUGUCUCUCGCAAUUUAGCUUUAACGGAUUCCGCAAUAAGCGACCAUCAAAGCAAAAUGCCAUGUUUCAUCAUCUUUGA